CUCUGGUCGCUACCCUCCAUGUCGGUCUUUCAACGGUUGCGUCAGGUACCUAUCGGCGAUAUCCUACAUCGCGGACUGCUGUACACCCUCGUAGGUAUCACCGGCUGGGGUGUCUACAUGAUCGGCGCCGUGCAUAUGGAUACGAUGCGGAGAGGACGAGAGGCUCUUGCGCUGAAGGAGGCGAAUGAGGCGAACGAGGCGAACAGGGCUCGUGGACGCGAGGAGGCCGCGAAGGAACUUGCGCUUGCUCAGGCCGCAGCGCAGCAAGCUGCGUCAAGGCGGACAUGAGAGGCUCACUUCCCGAACGGAUGGAGUGGCGUGUGUACACAUGUUUCGGGGCAUCUCUUUCUUGACUGAAGUCUGGGGCAAUGUCGCUAGGUCGUGGAUAUGGGCCCCCACUGGUGCACAUGCCGCUCAUCCCAUUCGUGAAGUGGCCGAUGGAACAUCCCGGGCGAGUGUCAAGGCAGAUACAAACCAUUCCCGUCGCAAGUACAA